UUCUAUCGCCACUCUUUCAUCACCCGAACGAGAGAACCGCUGCGAGAGAGGCGUGCUCAAAGUACGCCAACUAAACUACGAUAGCGCCUGAAACAAAGAAUGACUUUCUGAAGCGUUCAUUAACGCCAACAAUGCCAACGUUGUUAUCGAGAGGAAAUCGCUUUUAACGGAUAUUCUGCGGGACAUUUUGUGAUGGCUACUACUGAGAUGGAGUCGACAGAACAUGAAACGGCCGAUCCUGAUUCAAAGUACCCAUUGAAAGUUCUUUACUGUGGCGUUUGCUCUCUGCCCUCAGAGUACUGCGAAUACAUGCCCGAGCCAGCCAAAUGUCGGCAGUGGCUGGAGAAGAACUUCCCGGAUGUUUUUGCUAGGAUGACUCUAGGUCCCGCAGUCAAAGCCCCCAAGAAGGAUCCCGAGGCUGGAGAUGUUCCCCCUGCCGUCGAGGAGGAGGAGAAGAAGAAGCAGAAGAGGGGAGGGCGAGGUCAGAUCAAACAGAAGAAGAAGACUGUCCCUCAAAAGGUGACGAUAGCCAAAAUGCCACGUGCCAAGAAGAAAUACGUGACGCGGGUGUGUGGCCUGGCAACCUUUGAUAUUGAGCUGAAAGAGGCUCAGCGGUUCUUUGCUCAGAAGUUCUCCUGUGGCGCCUCUGUCACGGCCGAGGAUGAGAUAAUCAUUCAGGGAGAUUUCACCGACGACAUCAUCGACGUCAUUCAAGACAAGUGGCCAGAGGUGGAUGACGACAGCAUCGACGAUCUGGGCGAGGUGAAGAAGUGAAGAACCAAAAUGUGCACUUUUACUGAAAAAUGGAUGUGAUCUGCAACAACGACAACUCGGCCAAAUGUACACCUUAACGUCAUUUUAUACCUAUUUUAUUUACUGUACAUAAAACGCUGCGCAGCACCUGGCCACUCACUUGAAAUUUCUUUUGGUUUUGUUCAUUUUUCCCUUAACAAAAGGUGUCAGCCCCUCCACACGCUGCUGGUCCCUCCAAUGAAAGCGUAGUCUCAUUCAUUUCGAUUUUCCCUUGUUCAAACCAUUAAAAAGAUUUCUUUUCGAGAUCGCUCAUCUGUCCUUA